AUGGAUAAAGCUCGGAAGUCACCUAGAGCCCGUAAAUCGUCCGAAGAUCGAGUGGCACGGAAGCGAGAACAAGAUCGACAAGCCCAACGAAGCGCUCGGGAAAAGACCAAGACACUCAUUUCUCAGCUAGAAUCUCGCAUCGAAGUAUUAACACAAUUCCAUGACAGUGGAAAUGUGAAAAGUUUGUUGGAUGAGCUUGAGUCACAGCGAAGCGCGAAUGACACUUUGCGAGCUACGUUACGAACGAUCGAGAAGGCGUAUGAUGAUGCUGAUGAAACGCGUACUGGAGACACUCUCUGUCCAAGUCGACCUGAGUUGGAAAUACCUCGUGGUCUCGUGCCAUCGUCAUCCACCGACGGCGGCUGUUGCAUGCCGCAAAGAUCGAGCCAUAAUAUCCCGGACGAACUUUAUUUCGAAUCUUCAAUAGGUCAGACCCGUUCCAGUCCUCAAUCUUAUGAUGAUAUCUGUCCCAGCGGGGCGGUAGACCGAGCCAACAACCUCAACUUUGCUCUUCCUGUCAGCGACGAGCUGAACGAUCCUCAACAUGAUCCCUUUAUGAGAUUGCGUGGCGCUAGCUAUCAGAAGACGAGCGCCACGCUCGACGCCUUGGCAGCAGUACCAUCAAUGUCUCAGUUCAGCCCUCUAUGUGAAUGCUGCAAGUCGAUACUUGACUUCAAUAGCCUUCUAGGGGAAUAUACUCCAUCCUGCGCUCAGAGAGCGAUAGACCAACGAGAAUUGGACGCAGAUAUCCCGAUCAGGGCUGUGCUUCACGGAUGGUCGGUUGUUGAGGGUUUAUACACACUUGAUCCUGUGUGGACUAUUAUGCGAGUAGCCGAUGAAUCCAUUUGGCGACAUUGCGGGGCGAUCGAGCGGUUGGCUAUUUUGAAGGUUGUCAGCUCAAUGCUUCGCUAUCGGACUGAUCCCUCCGAAGUUAGCUCGAAAGCACUCCCAAUCUUCAUGCGACAGCGGCCGUCACAGAUACGUAUCAUUCAUAAGCCGUUAAUUGAUUUCAUCGUUUGGCCGGGACUGCGCGAACGAUUAGUGCUUUUCCCUCAUCAGCACUGUUCGGCCAAAUUUUGGAAUCUCUUCUGGCAUUGCUUUCGGUUUGACUGGCCUUACACGAUGGAGGAUGCCUACCUGCAGCAUAGCCAAUCCGGGCUGUAUCAAUUCUCUAGAACAUUUACUCAUCACUUCUUUGACUUGCAGCGAUGGCGCAUGACAAACACCUUUGUGGGGGAAUUUCCUGACCUGGAGCCCGACGUGAAUGUUGUGCCCUCAGUCAGUGGCUCGGCAUCUUCUGCCAUGGACGACGAGGGCUUUCUUACUGGUCUAGAGGAACUCGUUCAUGCACAUGAACCCCAGUUGGAGGCGCUACCAGCCAGCUUUUUUACAGACUUGCAGCAAAGUCCCGAAACAACAACGAAAAUGCGUCUACCUUUUACCCUCCUAGUAGCAGCAGCCUUCUCCCUAGGCACAGAAGGGGCUGUUAAGAACUGGGAUUUCCAUAUCUACAAACCAGGCUGCAAUCCCGAGGACGUUGACUACAGCUUAUCUAUAUUCCACGCCAUCGGGACCAGGGCCCAGUCCUGCACUGCCCUCGAUACAUGGGAGGACCUCGACCUCUCCGAAGCGGACAGUCUCUCGUGGAAGAGCCCAGCGGAAGAGCGCGCCCAGUUCGACCUGUGCAUGUAUGCAGAUGGGCAGUGUAGUGGGAAGCAUACCGAUGUGAUUCGGAGUACUUGGGAUAUUUGUUAUUCGUAUAAUGGGUUUAAGGGGUACAAGGUUGUUCCGAUUGGAGCUGCUUCAUGCCAAGAAUGCCGCAAGAGGAAAAUCAAGUGCAAUGGCCUCGAACCGUGCAAAACCUGCCAGCUACGUAACACGCCGUGCACAUAUCGCGAGGUUAUCCGGCAGCGCAAGAAGAAGUAUCAAUACAGUCUAGAUGCUGAUGCAUAUACUUCGAAUGGCGCCCGGCAGCCGUCCCCGGAUGUACCACGGCCCUCCGGGCGACGGAAUCCUUCCGUCAGCUAUACGGUUAACAACAGUGUUUCUGCCACGCAUAUGGAAUCUCCAUCAUGCAAGGUGCAAUUAUAUUAUGGGUCGACGUCGCAUUUUGCGCUCAUGCAUGAGGUCUACAGGGACCUGGUGGAGAGCAAGCAUGCCCCCCAGUCUGAAGACUCGCGAGAGGUACAGGAGGCUGGAGCUGGCUUGGACAUGUUCAGCUUUCGGCGCAUCUUCUUUGGAGUUCCUAGUGACACACACGAUUCGUUUAAAAGCUUGAACGCGGCUGAUGUGCCGGUGAUGUUUCUACCGCAUGAUUUGGCUAAGAUGUUCUUGCACCGGUUCCUGUCUUCGUUGUAUGUCAUGGUGCCGUUUCAGUCGAAAGAGACGUUCGAACGGCAGCUAUGGAAUCUGUAUAACCCGAGCCCGGACUUUCGAACCGAUACCUGGAGUCACUGUAUGAUUUUGAUGGCGUUGGCGAUGGGGUCUCUCGGGACAGAGUACUACAGCUGGGGUGAUAACGCCCAUUUUCAGACUGAGCAAGGGCGACCGAAUUCCACUUUUCUUUACCUGGGAACUGGAGCCCGCAAGGCGAUUUCCGCAGGGCUGCAUAAAGAGGCCCCGAAUAAGGGGGAUGCAGGUGAUGGCGUGGAAGAGCGAAGGACUACAUUUUGGGCCCUCUAUUUCUACGAAACAUGGUUCUGCUUUCACUUGGGCCGACCAAGCUCACUUCUUAGCCGAGAUGUCGGUAUUGCAUUGCCCGAGGAGCCAUUCUUGCUCUCUUUGGUCUAUCUUUCCAAAGUCAUCGCCCGUUCAGCGGACGAAAUGUACGGUCAGCACCAUGAAUCACUCCUGCAAAUGUGGAGGAUUGCUCGGUCGAUUUCGGAUGAUCUCCGUUGCUAUGACGCGAAGAUGCGACGAGCUCUAGGCUUCGGCCUUGAUAAAUGCGCGCAGCAAGGCGUGUUGGGUGUACAGCAAACCAUUCUUGUCACGCUGUAUUACCACACGAUUCUGUUGACAUUUCGACCAUUCUUGAUCUUUCGCGGUCGGUGGCAGAGAGACGCGAAAUUGGCACCGCACCGUGCUGCAAAUGAGCCGAGUAAGCGUCCAACUGAGGUUCCAGCAUGGCUCAACGAAGCCUGCAACCACGCUCUCAGUGCCGCGUGCAGAACCAUACAUUUCUUAUAUGAAGCGUCGAUCGUGAACGAUCUCGUGAGGGAACUCCGCUACCACGGCUAUUUCCUCGGAAGCGCCUCGUUCGUUCUCAUAUACGACCUAAUGCAUGGCGAAAACCUCGCGAGCACCCAUCUUCCGUGGAUCCAUGCAACCCUGCAAUGCCUUUCAACGAUACGGGCAGGUGAUCCGAUCCAAAGCACAAUUAGUGCUAUCGAGACGACUCUGAAAAAGAUCCAUCCUUCCUAUGAAUGGAUAGCUCAUCCGGGCAUAAAGAACCAGGCCCCUGUUCUUGACCCCGUCGCAAAUGAUGUGCGACCGCCUACUAGUAUGGUAGACCAGCAAGGAAGCAUCAUGGCGGAUGGGUCCCUGGCCGACCCCGUGGCAGCUGGGCUACCGAUGCUGUCCGACUUUCAAGGGAACUCGUUGCAAGACGAUAUUCACCCGGCUAGCGUGGGGAGUGAGGAGCUUCUCGAUUUCACCAUGUCGGACAUGGGAUGGGAUUUCGACUUUUCGACGAUGGACCUCGAAGCUUUCUUCUCGAUCAAUCCGACGAUGGGAGCACCUAUUGUGUGA